GGUCAGCUGACCAGCACGUGACAACGAUCAGCACGUGACCCCUGCUAGUUCCGCAGGGGGUAGCGAGAGAGAGAGCGCGUCCCCGACGCCGGGUGGCAACCGGAGAGAGAAAGAGAGAGCGCGUCUCCGAGCGCGGGUGGCAACCAGAGAGAGAGAGCGCGUCCCCGAGCGAGAACCGGUGACACCGACUCAGUCCCCAUCAAGACUGUCAUAGAACGGUCCACCUCUCCAGCCGGGGGGGGAUCCGAGCCUCCCUUCAGACGGGGGGGGAUCCGAGCCUCCCUCCAGCCGGGGGGGAUCCGAGCCUCCCUCCAGCCGGGGGGGAUCCGAGCCUCUCUCCACCUCUCCAGCCGGGGAGAAUCCGAGCCUCCCUCCAGCCGGGGGGGAUCCGAGCCUCUCUCCACCUCUCCAGCCGGGCGGGAUCCGAGCCUCCCUCCAGCCCGGGGGGAUCCGAGCCUCCCUCCAGCCGGGGGGGAUCCGAGCCUCUCUCCACCUCUCCAGCCGGGGGGGAUCCAGCUGUUGAGAAGCUGCCACCAUGUCGACCAAAAAACUGACAAGUGAAGAUUACAAUGAUUAUAGCUCCACAGAAAAUAGCCCAGACCAUGACAGCUUGAGCUCUUCACCAGAUAUUUCUUCAAGAUCAUCUAAUAAUUUUGGAAAUUAUCAGCGUCUAAAUGAAAGAACUGGCACAACGCCUCUCGAGACAUUAAUUCACUUGUUGAAAGGCAACAUAGGAACGGGGCUUCUUAGCCUUCCAUUGGCAGUGAAGAAUGCGGGUAUUGUGCUUGGUCCGAUCAGCUUAAUUAUCAUGGGAGUGGUAGCUGUACACUGCAUGCAUUUGCUGGUCAAAUGCAGUCACUAUCUAUGUGCUAAGUUACAGAAGCCAUUUCUGGAUUAUGGAAAUGUGGUGAUGUACAGUUUGGAAGAGUGCCCCAAUCUGUGGCUGCAAAGACAUUCAUUUAUUGGAAGGCUUUUGGUGGAGUUCUUUUUGAUUCUAACCCAACUGGGGUUUUGCUGUGUUUACUUCGUAUUUCUGGCUGACAACACUAAGCAGUUUGUGGAUGCAGCAAAUGCUACAAGUAAUAACUGCUAUCAAAACAUCACAACAUUGGAACCUGGAAGUAUGGACAGCCGUCUGUACAUGCUUAUUUUUCUGCCAUUCAUUAUUCUGUUGGUAUACAUCCGCAACUGGAAAUGCCUGGCUCCCUUAUCUUUGCUAGCCAACCUAGCCAUGUGUGUGAGCCUCGUUUUGAUCUACUGGUACAUCUUCACUAGUGCAACAUAUACCAAUGAUCUACCACCAGUGGCUGGGUGGAAAUCUUACGCAAUGUUUUUCGGAACAGCCAUAUUUUCAUUUGAAGGCAUUGGUGUGGUGCUUCCAUUAGAAAACCAUAUGGCGAAACCACAGAAAUUUCCAGUAAUUCUGUAUUUGGGCAUGGCAAUCGUCACAGUGUUGUACUUGACUCUAGGAGUUAUGGGAUACAUUCGCUUUGGGGAUGAAAUUGAAGGAAGUAUAACACUCAAUUUGCCAGCUUGCUGGUUGUACCAGUCAGUGAAGAUUUUGUAUUCUUUGGGAAUCUUCAUAACCUAUGCUGUCCAGUUCUUCGUUGCAGCAGAGAUAAUUGUCCCAGUUGCAGUAGCCAAGGUCUCUGAACGCUGGGAGUUGUGGGUUAACCUGGCUGUUCGAACUCUUCUAGUCAUAAUCACCUGUGCCUUGGCUAUCCUGAUCCCACGUCUGGGAAUUGUGAUCACACUAGUUGGAUCAAUAAGUAGCAGCACUCUUGCUUUAAUUAUCCCCCCGCUUCUAGAAAUUACUACCUACUAUGGUGAGGGGAUGAGCCGAUUGCGGAUUGCCAAAAACAUCGUGAUCAGCGUGGUGGGCUUUGUGGGUUUUGUGGCUGGGACCUAUGUGUCCAUUGAAGAACUGGUUUCUCAAACAGUCACCAUAACCAAUAUUACUGUCAGUAAUAACAGUUAGUUUGGUUUGCUUCUGUUGUAUAGUGUCCAAAGUGAUUUUGAUUUGUUUGCCAUUUUUGUCUUUUUCUCAAAGCACUUUACUGUCUUGAGUUCUGUACAGAUUAAUAAGUAACAGUCUGCACAAAACAUUGUUUUCAUUGCAGGGACAGAGGUUGUUUUGGGUGAAAUGCAUGUAGUUUUAUUUUCCUACUUUGUUUUGUGGAUGAUUAUAUUUGGAAAUUUCUAUGAUGGUUAUUGAAUUCUGGAUGGAACCUGUGAUGUUUUAAAGUUCACAACAGAGCAGGGAGUUAAAUCACUGGUGCUAGUCAAUGAAAGUGUACCCAAGUUCUGAUUUAUAAAUGCCUAUGUACUUAAGUUUCUGUUUUUGUGGGGCAGCUGUGUGGGAGGGUUUUUUUAAAGAACUAUUUAAUUGCAUGCUUGGAUUUAAUCUGGAAAUUUACUUUCAACAUAUCUCAACGUUCUCUUAUCAGUGGUGACUUUGCAUUUUUGGUGUAAAGAGUUGGUCUUUUUUUCCUUAAUGAUGUUUUAUAUCCAAUGCAACCUUUUUUUUAUCUAACAGAUCAAGUGCCAUGUGGUGAGAUUUAUAUAGAGCUUGUCAACUAAAUUGGGUGCAGAAGGUAGCUAUUCCUUAGCUUAUGUGGCACUUUUGUCCUGCUUUGCACUUAUGGUUGAGCUCAAGUACCUGUUGGCUUUGUUUUAGAUCAGAGGUGAACCAGAUUCGGACCAUAAUGGGAAUGUUUUCCCAUUCAUUGAUUCAGACCAAAUCUUGUUACUGUAUUCACAAUACCAAAUUAGAUCCAAGAUGGUUUGUGCCCUUCCCCUUCCCCCACCUCCUGCUGACAGAGAUCAUGGCAAAUAGAAAGCUUUGAUAAAAAGCUUUCUUUGAAUUUGAUAAGUAGUGAUGUAUUUAUAGAAAGCUCAUGAAUCCAUCCCUUUUCCCACAUAGCAAUCAAAAUGAGUAAUGUUCAUUUUGUUUUUUUUAUUUUUGAGAAAUUAGAUAUAAUAUAGAAUUUAGAGGGAAAAUUAUUGAUUAAAAAUAUCAGGAUCUCGUGUUGUUAACCUUCUGAGACCAGCACAUCUAUACCACACUGAUGUGUGUGCCAGUUUAUUGGUUGUAAGGUUGCUUGAGAUAUAUUGAGUACAUUCAACUCAAUUCCUAGUUCUUGUGCUUCUUAGCAAAUCUAGCAUUAAUAUGUAAUUUUUACUCAUGAGGCUCAAAAGUUGGUGUACUGCAAUAUAUGCAUGAGCACCAUUGUACAGUAGGAGGGCCUUUAUAUUAACCAAUGCUAUAAAUGCUUAUGGAAAUGAGUGUAAACUGUGUAUAGUACAUAUAGUACUGCAAUUUUUUAAUUUGCACUAUAAGCUUAACUAAAAUAUUUUAACUGCAAGAGGAGCAAAAAGGACAGUUGAGAAAAGGAUCACAUUGAGGAAUAAGGUUAAACAUUGGGUUUUAGCAAUAUCAGAACAAGUCAUAUCUAAAAUUCAUUAAUAUGGUUAGUUUUCAGCAUUUCAAAACCUGGCUUUAAAUCCAGGAUAGCCAUAUUUAAUCUAGAACGGAUUACACCACAGUGCUUCAUUUUGCAGAUGGCUUCUUUCUGGUUAAGACUGGGCCCAAUGGGUAAUAUAACUGUUUUAGAUUGAGUGCAUGAUUUACAUUUAGCUCCAUGUUGGAUAGUGACUGCCUAGAUAAAAUAAUGCAUUGAACAUGAUCAGUUUUGUAGAGUCGUUUGUUACGUAAUUGUUACAAGGACUAAAAUAAAAUGGGAAUUUGCUUUAAGCUAACACUAAAAUUCUAACUGCUUUAGAGCAACUAGUGCUAUAUCAAUGUUUAGAAAGUUGGGAGAACCUUUUUUCCAAAGUAAUGGGAAGAUUGGGAAAAUAAAUGGAUGUUAUCUGCACUUGGAAAGGUGUUUACCCUGUCAAACUGACAGUUGAGAGAGGCGCAGGCUACUUUUAAACAUACUGUUUGCGAUUUUAUGGCUUUGGUACUUCACUAAAGUUAACCUUUUCAAAAGCAAUUGUUACAGCUGAGCAACAAUAACUUGCAUUUAUAAAGCACCUUUUAAUGUAAAUUGUUCCAAAGUACUUCACAAAGAGUGUUAUCAGACAACAUUUGACAAUGAGUCACAUGGAGAUAUUGGAGCUGGUCACCAAAAAUUUAGUCAAAGAGUUAGAUUUAAAGAAGCAGUUCAUUUAUAUUGUUGGAGAUUUUGAUCUGCACAAGGCUUGUGAGGCUUUGGGGAGAUUAAAGUGACAUAACAACCAAUGUUCAAGGAGCAUGGAGCGAUGAGCAGCUUACAAAUGGUCCAAAUCCACCUCAUUUUUUUGGUUCGUGCAGAAGUGAACGUAGCCUUGUGCUCCCAACAAUUAGUGUUUCGAAUAGUCUGACUAGUUUCCCAGAAAAGUGAAUCACCAACUGUUUGCAUUUAAGAGAUCAGAUCUUGAGGCCAAUUAGUGAUUAAAGAUUAGCCUUUAGAGAAUGGUCUUGAAGGCUUUGGUGUCAUUCAUGGGUAUCCCUUAUUUUUUGGGAUAUAUUUUUACACACACUAAAAGUGUCCUUUAUGUACAACCAGCAUAGUUCUGUUCAAUCUUCUUUUGUAGUUAGUUUGUCAUUAAUAUGUGCAAACUUUGUUUUUAAAAUAAUGUGAUAGAUUUUAUAGGAAGUUACCUGCUGGACUGUUACAGUUGCAUAAUGCAAAGGUUAUAUAGCUUCAUGUUCUAAGUACACUACUAGAGAUCAUGGUUUUAGUCACAGCUUACCGCAUACUAGCCUUCUGUGUAUGUGUAUAAAUAUGUACAGUGUAUUUGUGUGUUGUACAGAUUACAUGGGUUGAAUAACUAUUUCUGCCAGUACUGAAUGUAUACCUUGACAGAACAGAGUUGCUGGUCAGGUUUGCACAAUAUUAAAGUAUUAACAUUACUUUAUAAUUGUAUUUAUGCCAGUGAAUUUAUUUUAGAAUUCAAAUAUCAACCUGUUUUUAUAACUGCACGAAUUGUGAUGAAUGGGAGAAGGAAGACUGCUGUACAGCAAAAUGUUGGAAAUUAUUUCAUUCCUCCUUCCCCAUCCAUUUCCUUCCUCCCCUCCUUCGUUACUUGCCAGUCUAUUAGUCAAAUAAUUAGUUUAAGUAAUCAAUUCAAGGGUUAAAAUGUGCUUGUAUAUUCUGAGGAUUAUUUGUGAUCUGCAAUUCAUGAUGUAAAUUUGUUACAGCUUCCUCAGGGUAAUACAUGCAACUACUGAAUAGUCCAUUGGUUUGUCUUAUUCUAAGUGACUGUCAUGUUGUGAUUUUUAUGGAAAAUAAAUGUGCAAAUUGAAAUUUGUUGCCUUUUUAUGCUAAUUAAAAUUGAACUAAGUA